AUGGCGCAGCAAGAGGAUCUCUGCGCGCUACAGCGACGAAACUACAUGCAGCGACACAAUCAAAGGCUAGCUCUUGGUCCUUUCAAUCCGCAUUGGACAGGUCGAGGCCAGCCCUGGUAUACCCAUACCACGCCGGCCAGCCACGUUACAACCAUAUCCUUGCAUGAUGAGGUUGCCUUGAUAGACUGCGAAAAUUGGCACAUGACGUCUCUUGCACCGAACGUUGACGACCACUCGACUCUGACGAUCUCCGAAGACAUUGUUACUCCACCCUGA